AUGGGGAAUGCGAGACUGCGAGUAGCCGAGUACCAAGUAGGGCAAAACGAAAACGGGAGCACAAAAUUCGGCUGCAAAUUUUGUUUUCUUAACGAUUUCGGUAGCUGGGGACAAAAUUUCGAAUUUUGUGAUCGUCGAUUUCUUAUAUCCGCUAAUUACAGGAGAGUCAAGAGCGUGAAACGAAAUAUCGGAGGCGAUUGUGUUUCGUGA